AUGGUAUUCUCUGGCCAUGUAUUCUCUUCGGAGGUGAUUCCUCGCAAAGAUGCCUUGGACUUCAAUCUAUGCACUCGGCAACAUCAAUCCCCAUCUCCAAAAAUGGCUCAAGGUACAGAUAUCUUGCAAUGGACGCCUCCAUAUGCGUCUUUUAUUAAAAUUAAUGUUGAUGCAGCUUUUGUUCCAAAUAAGGGUGCAACUGGUGCAAUUGCUCAAGAUCAUGAUGGUCAGUUCUUAGGCUGUGAAACAUCCACCUUUGAUGCUACUUCUUCUUUGAUGGCAGAGUCUUUUGCCUGUAAAUUGGGUAUUUCCCUGGCCAAAAGCUUAUCAUUGCAACAUGUUAUCAUUGAAGGUGAUGCAAAGAAUGUGACAUCUACGAUUCUAGGUGAUUCCAGAGAUAUACCAUGGAGUAUUCGUUCGGUGAUUUUAGAUAUUCGUAACGAAGCAAAUUCGCUUGACAAUAUUAGGUUUAUUGAUGUACCAAAACAUGUCAAUCAAUUGGCGCAUAAUUUAUGUCAAUAUGCUAUGGAUGAAAAUGUAACAUUUAGGUGGAAUGCUUCUUAUCCACCAGAUUGUAUCUCUUCUAACCUCAGUUUCAAUUUAUUUUUUUAUUAG